AUGGGAAGCAAGAAACAUCUGGUUCGUGAUGAUCUUGAGGUUAUCGAAAAUUUCAAAGAUAGCCCACCAGAAUUGGUAGUCAACACAGGAUUUGAAUUAAUUUCGCAAUGUUCGCCGAUCCUGUGUCAUGCGGGUUGGAAUUUAUUGCAAGAUUUGAUCAGAUACAGGUGGAAUUCAAUACCUUCAGAGCUUUGUCUGGUUCUACGUAAUCGAAUAUUUCAAGCGAUUGACACUUUGGUACAAGAGGGAACUGUCGAGUCAUGUGCGAGAUGCGUUGUGGCAAUGAUGGAACACGAAUGGCCUCAAAAUUGGCCUAACUUGACUUCACAACUUCAAGAACUCUGUUCUCGGAGCUCCAUGCACUGCGCAGUCGUAUUUGCUAUUCAACGACGACUAGUGGAGAACGUUGCAACCUUGGCAUCCGUUGCUAAUAUUCGUCGCCGCCGGGAUAUGCAGAGCGCUAUGGUUGAAUCGGCAGACGAUCUUCUGGAGAUUGCCCUUGACAAGCUCAAAUCUUGUACGCUAGGUGAGAUUGUUGUCUAA